AUGGGGAAUAGUUCUAGCGAGGAGACUCGCUACACUUAUGAGGAUAACACGGACGAAGAAAGGCGAAGAGCAAAGGAGACAGAGGCAAGACGGCUGGAGAAUGAACGAAAGCAAUUUGAAAAAGAAGAGAGAGAACGUAUAGAAAAAGAACAACAACAGGAGGAAGAGAGUUGCAGAGAGAAACUCGGGCGACAGCGACAAAAGGAAAGAGAGGAAGAAGAAAAGAGAAGAAAAGAGGACGAACGGAAAAGAUUGGAAUUGGAGGCCGAACUUCCCCAACUUCGGCGUCAGUUGGAAAAUUACAAAUUUGGUGACAAGAUAAAACUAGAUAGUUUCCAAGGACUGGAAACUGACGAUGUAACCCAGCUCAGGAUCGGUGUGUUUGGCUCCACGGGUUCAGGGAAGAGUUGCUUCAUCAAUACAGUUGAACGAGUGGUGAGACAAACAAACAAGGGUUCCGUCCCAGACCAGUCCAGAGGAAAUGAGGGGACCAUUGUACUCCAGGACUACCUGCCAGAGCUAUUCUUUCACUUGGUGGACACCCGAGGUUUCUUCAAGUACGACUCUGAUGAUACCAUUGAGUUUCAAAAUGUUCUGAACGGGAAAAUUCAGCCUGGUGAUAUCAUCGUUCGCCCUAAAAAAGGCCAAGUCAACAAACAAGAAAUGCAUCGAUGCCCAAACUUUGGACAGAGACUGCAUGGCGCUAUCAUUGUUGUGAAAGGCAACGACCCAAGACUGAACGAAGGGGCUUUGAGGGACUACUGGAACCCAUUUCGAAGUAUCCUGUGUAAAAGUGGUAUUGCACCCAUCACUGUAGUUACUCACUGCGACAAACUGAAAAGUGAGGAAGAGAGGGAGGAGGCUCUGGAGGCAGCAUAUAAAGCCACCAAUAGCUCGCCAAGUCAUACAUUCUUGACUUGGAACUACACAAAAGACAACACUGAACGAAACCCGGAAAUUGAGCGAAGGACAUUCGACAUCUUGCACUAUGCUCUGAUUACCGCAGAAAAAGCUGUGAAGCAAAUGAAGUCUCGGGAGAGGAACGAAAGAGAAGAUGACAUGAUGAGGGCACUGGAGGGCAUGUCAGUCAGUGGACCUGAUUCUCCCGACGCUUUAGUAGAAGUGUUCUUGCGCUUUCUCCAAAAGGAAUACAGAUGGGACACAACUAACAUUGUAAGGAUAUCGCACCAGUUAGUCAAAGAUGACGUAACAACUGUAAAUUUGCUUGCAAAGUGUUGGAGUCAUGUCCAACACUUCUUUCCCGUUGGCAUGAGCAGAAUAAUAGAGAAAGAGCUGAGAAAACGAGGAAUGCUAACUCGAACAAUUUGGCCUUCACAGGCCACCUAAGCUGAUGGCAAACUGCUCAGUUUAAACGUAUGUGUACAUUUAUAUCUGCAUAUGUAGGAAAACACCUGCUUCUUCAUAGGUUGCUUUACAAGCCAAGGAGACACAAAUGACCAGAACAGAACUAAGGAUGCUUCUCAAUGUAUAAUAAUAUAAAGAGUUAACCAACCCUAAAAGCAGAGCUCUAAUUAGUUUAUUCAAGAGAUUAUAAACAGUUUAACUUUGCUUGACCCUUUAACUCCCAUACAAUUCAUUUGAUGUUAGUUUAGAGAAUUUGGAAUUGGAUCAACCAAUAAUCCCCUAAUUGAAUUUUUCUUUAUUCUCAUUACUUGUCUGGCUGAUAUCCUACUGGUGGUGUAAGGAGAAAUUCUGUCUAGAUCACUGGUGGGACUUAAAGGGUUAACUUUGCUCCCUUCUGAUGGUAGCAAGUGUUCAGACCAACACAUCUCAGCAUUAUGACCCUCUGCAAACUUAGAUGACAGAAAAAAGGGUAGAUUUCUGAAAAUAAAACUUGUACUCAUUUAUGCAGGGUAUUAAUACUUUACUUUCUUGUUAAACAUGAUAUCAUGUUGACUUUCAUCACCAAUGUAGCAGAUUCAACAGCAGAUGUUUUCUUAGGCAAUGUACAAUAAACU